GUGAGAGCGCGCAUCACGUCGGACACGCCGUGGGGGAAAAAGCUCGUGAAAACAGCCAUAAACUUUUAUUUUGCGCACCAGUGCGUCUUUGCGCAGCGUCUGGAUCAGAGAGCGGAAUUCUGUCUCACUGCGGAGGAUUUAUGUCCGACAGCAGGUGAAGAUCGACGAGCCGCAGACUUCUGACAACAUCCAGGUGAGAUCCAGAGCAGCUCAGCCGUCAUGGCCGCCAACGCCACCCCUCGGGGCUGCGGCCCUCAGCUGGACUCACUUUACUACAACCUGUGUGACCUCAGCGCCGUGUGGGGCAUCGUAGUGGAGGCCAUAGCAGCCGCCGGCAUCGUCUUCUCCUUCGUGCUCUUCAUCUCGCUGCUGGCCAGCCUCCCAUUCAUCAAAGACGCUAACCGUAAGAGCUCAGUGGCCCUUCACGCCUUCUUCCUGGUCUGUACCGCCGGUCUCUUCUGCCUGACCUUCGCCUUCAUCGUGGGGAAGGACUUCUCCACCUGCGCCUCGCGAAGGUUCCUCUUCGGCGUGCUGUUCGCCGGCUGCUUCGCCUUGCUCCUGAUGCAGUCAGUGAGGCUGAACGUCCUGGCCCGUCGGAACAGCGGGCCCCGGGUCUGGAUCCUGUGUCUGGGGGCGGCGGCGCUGUGGCUGGUGGAGGUGGUCAUCAACACCGAGUGGCUGAUCAUCACGAUUGUCCGCCACCCGCUGCUGCUGCUCAACACCACGGCUGAAAUCAGCAGAGCCAUGCCGAUGCCCUGCAACAUCGCCAACCAGGACUUUGUCAUGGCGCUAAUCUACGUGAUGACCCUGAUCCUGGCCGUGGUGGUAUCCAGUCUGGCCGUCAUGGCGGGAAGACACUCACAGUGGAAGAGGGAAGGCAGCUGCAUCCUCGUAGCGAGCCUCUUCUCUGUUGGGAUUUGGGUGGCGUGGAUCGUCAUGUACGUCUACGGGAACGAGCGGACCGGCGGGCCGACGUGGGACGAUCCCACCUUGGCCAUCGCCUUGGUGGCAAACGCCUGGACCUUCAUCAUCGUCUACACCAUUCCUGAAGUCUGCUGUUUGACCGGCGACGACGAGAGCCAGCAGGACUUCGGAGAAGAUCUGUACCCGAGCCGAGGAGUCGGUUACGAGACAAUCCUGAAGGAACAGAGCUCCCAGAACAUGUUUAUGGAGAAUAAGGCUUUCUCCAUGGACGAACCCAACCAAGGGACCAAACCAGUGUCUCCAUACAGCGGCUACACCGGUCAGCUGAGGAGUUCGGUCUACCAGCCCACUGAGCUGGCCCUCAUCACCAAAGCUGUGGGAAAUCCAGCGGAGCAGUCCUUUGACAUGACUAUUCCCAGAGCUUCCACCGGCUCUGCGGCCAACAGCGGGAGCAGCACCCCCUCAACACACACCGAAGCCGGAAACACUGCACACACUCAGACCAGCGGUCACGGCCUUCACAGGACAUCCCAGUGGUGAACACACUGAGCCUCUUAGCUCCCGGUCAAAAUAACGUCACAACUUCUCAUUUGCACUCGCUGACGGUUUGUUUGCUGUUAAACUGCGGUUCCCUAAGCUGGUUCUGAGAGGAACCCCGACACACGGAGGUGAACGCCCGGUCACCUCCGUGCUGGCAAACAGAUAAACCUCCUAUUGACGGAUCGUCCGCAUGCCACCGGGUAUCAGACAGCGAUGGGCUUCAUUUGGAAGUCAAAGGAUGAAGCUUUGCUGCAGAACAAAGACUUUUUGCAAUAGUCGCUGUUUGCUGACAGUGAACUGAGCUCUGCUGGACCCGAUGAAGAGUGACGCUGCUGACGGCACGAAAACACUGAAACAGAAUAGUCUAAAUGUUGGCUCAGUGUGAUAUUUACAUCCGCGGAACUUUACUCAGUUUGAAGACAACAUACCCUAAAAGCAGAAACACUAUCAGCAAGAUUACAUUUAAAAUAUUGUGCACUGUUAAGUUUAAUUAUUAGAGUCGAUGUACACUACUGUUCAAAAGUUUGGGGUUUGUUUUCCUUGAAAACUCACUUUUAUUCAUGUGCUAACAUAAAUGCACAAGGGUUUUCUACUCAUCAGUUAGCCUUUCAACACGAUUAGCUAGGAGAUUUCUAAGUGACCCCAAACUUUUCAACGGUAGUGUAUAUUUUUGUGGCUGGAUUGUGAAUAUUGUUAAAAACCACAAAAUUCACACAUGAAAUUUAACUUCUGGUAUUGGAUUAAUGUAAAUACAAUUUGCUGGUAAUGUGUCUUUGGUUCUUCACUGCAUGGAAGUAUUGUAUGAAUGUGUAUAUUUAAUACUAUUUAAAGCACCACUGAGUGCUGCUUAAUUAUUUAAAAUCAAUUCAAACAAUCAUGAGAACAGAGAACUAAAGUCCUGCCUGUGGUUAGUCUGUGGCUCACUAGUUUAACAAUGCUCAGUGUAGUUCCUCAUAGAAGAUUCUUGUUAUUAGUAUUUCUGAAAAAUGAAAUACAAUACACCAGUUUUCUGGAUGUGUUCUUUGACAAAUAGGCAUCUGCUGCUUUAAAUGACAGUGACAUCUGAGCGCUUUGAGAUUAUAACAAGGAUAAGAGGAUGUUGUUACCCUGGAAAAGGAACUGCACAUGAUUCUAUGGUAACUAAAGAUCUGUCAGUCUUCAUGUUCUGCUGCCUUUUCACUCACAUUAACCAAAAUAAAGAUGAGUAUCAACUACAUUUCAUCAAGAUUGUCAAACGGUGUCGUCAAAUCCAGCUUGUUAGCUCAUGACACUAAAUGCUUAGUUUUAAAGUGGUAACAUCGGACUGGAGUCGCAACACGGACGUUACUCUCAGCAUCUACAACCAAACCGAGGCUAACCGUUUAGCAUGCUAACGAGCAAGUAACAUAACUGUAGAUCAAGAAAAACCCUAUAAAAUUGCAGUGUACAAACUUAGCACCCAAAGUUCAAUAAAAAACAUUUUAAAAACAUCGGCAAACACGUUAAAUUUGUGAACUUUAACCAAGAGAGAGGUGUUCAUAUGAGUUGUUGUAAACACAACCUAAUUUGAAAUCAGUGCUAAGACCUAGCACAUCAAGUGUUUGCGAAAUAGCUGCUAAACUACAGCAAUAACAGCAAAUAUUAAUGCUGGUUUUACUGCUUAAUCGGGCACUAUAUCUGUUAAAUGUAGGUAUUUAAUCACCUUUUAACAACUAGUGCCAGAUAUUUAGCUCUCUGUACUAAUACCAUUUAAAUUACACAUACAAUGUUAAAUUCUGACUGAAUUAGUAAUCAGUUGUUGCUAAUGGUAUAAGCUAUUGCUACGGUGUCCAAAACAAACUAACAUUAGCUUUUUUGAAAGUUGUGGGUAACAUUUCUCAUGACUUGUUAAUUUAAAGUACAAACAAACUGCAUCACUUUGAAUUUUGUGCAGAAAUUCCAUGUUUUUGAGCAGUUUCUGGUCAUCUAACAAUGGUAAAUAACUCCAUACACAACUUUUUGUAUGUGCUUUUGUUCUCCAUAAAGCUGCAUGUGUUGUCAUAUUCAGUACUUUGUAUGUUUUGUUUAUCUAAACUUUGGCAGCAACAAAAAACAAUCACAUUUUCAGAAUUUUAGCAUUGUGUCAGUACAUCUCUAUUAGCAGAGAUGUUUACAUUUGCUUGAUUUUUCCAGCAUUUCCAUACUUUUUAGUUCCAAAUCCGAAAAAUAAAAGCACAGGUCACGGUUGCACGUUUUGUUGGGUUUAGUCCAGAAUCUAAAUAUAUGCAGCUUGUAAUGAUAGAAACAUGAGAAAACAACAACAGAUUGUCCUGUUUAAGAGCAGAUAAGUGACUAAAUGACCAACUGUUUCAACUAAACCUGACAAAUUGCUCAAUAUUACUCUAAAGUGCAGCAGCAGGUGCAAAAUUUAGUUCAAUAAUAAUAGAAAACAAAAGAAACCUUUAAAGAGAAAAUAUAUCGUCUAACCAAGGCUGGACUUCAGUUAUCUCCAUUGUAACGUAUGGAAGUAAUUUGAUUUCCAAGAUCACAACCACAGUUUGUUUUUAAUGUACAGCAAAUAAAAACUUCCCCAGUAAAGUUA